AAGUAGAAGGAAAAAAAAGAAAAAAGAUUAAAUAAGUUUAACACAACCUUUAGGUAUGUUUGGGUUAAUAAUAUACCAAAAAAGGUGAGUUUAUGACUCUCAUGUUUGAAAAAGAGGACGAUAUCCGUCUGAGGUACAUGACCUCCGUGCUGGCCGGGCAGAGGGCGUGUCAUAGCGGGGAGUGUCCCGGGACAAGCGGCUUUAAAACGGCCGCUCUGCGCUCAGCUGCCACGCCGACUCGACGCCUCCCUUCCCCCGCAGCAGCCUGAAGCUUUCACCGCGGCUCUCCCACGACUCCCUUUGUUUCACAUUACAACCUCCGGGCUCUGUCAGGUUAAAACAUGGCGCAGCACCCUGAGUUUGAGCGGGCUGGAAAGAAGGCCGGCCUCCAGGUGUGGAGGGUGGAGAACUUUAACCUGGUGCCCGUUCCUGAGAACCUGUGUGGAGGGUUUUACACUGGAGAUGCUUACAUCAUCCUCAACACCAUCAAACAACGCUCAGGAAACUUGCAGUACGACCUCCAUUUUUGGUUGGGUGAUUUCUGCAGCCAGGAUGAAAGUGGCUCGGCGGCUAUCUUCACGGUCCAAAUGGACGACUUCCUGGGAGGAAAACCUAUCCAGUAUCGGGAAGUCCAGGGACAUGAGUCCAAAACCUUUCUGGGAUACUUCAAGUCUGGGAUCAAGUACAUGAAAGGAGGCGUGGCAUCAGGGUUCAAGCAUGUCGUCACCAACGAGGUGGUUGUACAGCGAGUUCUCCAGGUCAAAGGUCGCCGCGUUGUCCGCGCAACGGAGGUGGCGGUCAGCUGGGACAGCUUCAACCAGGGAGAUUGCUUCAUCCUGGACUUGGGAGACGAGAUUUAUCAGUGGUGCGGCUCCCAGAGCAACCGCUUUGAGAAGCUGAAGGCCACGCAGGUCGCCAAGGGUAUCCGUGACAACGAGCGCAGCGGGAGGGCGCGCGUCUACGUCUGCGAUGAGGGGAGGGAGAGGGAGAAGAUGAUUGAGAUUUUAGGAGAAAAACCAGAUCUGCCUGUCGGAGCCUCUGAUGACAUCAAGGCUGAUGCUUCCAACAGAAAGAGGGCCAAACUCUACAAGGUGUCCAACGCCAGUGGAAGUAUGACCAUCGCACUGGUGGCUGAAGAGAACCCCUUUGCCCAAAGUGCCCUGGACUCUGGCGACUGUUUCAUUCUUGACCACGGCUCUGACGGAAAGAUUUACCUUUGGAAAGGUAAAGACGCCAACAUGGACGAGCGAAAGGCAGCCAUCAGGGCGGCGGACGAGUUCAUCAAGAAGAUGGGCUACCCCAAACACACUCAGGUGCAGAUCUUACCCGACACGGGCGAGACGCCGCUCUUCAAGCAGUUCUUCAAGAACUGGCGGGACAGAGACCAGACGGUGGGCCUGGGCGUGGCCUACAUCGCCAACAGCAUCGCCAAGAUCGAGAAGGUGCCCUUCGACGCCGCCAGUCUGCACGACUCCGCCGCCAUGGCCGCCCAGCACGGCAUGGUGGAUGACGGCAGCGGGGAAAAACAGAUCUGGCGUAUCGAGGGAGCCGACAAGGUGCCAGUGGAGCCGCCCACAUAUGGCCAGUUCUUCGGAGGAGACAGUUACAUCAUCCUGUACAACUACCAUCAUGGAGGACGUCGGGGACACAUCAUCUACAUGUGGCAGGGCAUGGACUCCAGCCAGGAUGAGAUCGGGACCUGUGCCAUCCUCACUGCUCAGCUGGAUGAAGAGCUGGGAGGCGGUCCUGUGCAGGUUGUUGGUGCUCCAAUAACCACUCAGGUGAGGGUGGUGCAAGGUAAGGAGCCGGCCCACCUGAUGAGUCUGUUUGGAGACACGCCCAUGGUGGUCUACAAGGGCGGCACGUCCAGGGACGGAGGUCAGUCCGCUCCCGCAGAGACUCGCCUCUUCCAGGUGCGCUCCAACUCUGCUGGACACACCAGAGCUGUGGAGGUUGACGCAGUGGCAGCCAACCUCAACUCCAAUGAUGCUUUUAUUCUGGUGACCCCGGGAGCUUCCUUCCUGUGGGUGGGAGUGGGCGCCAGUGCCACGGAGCAGACGGGCUGUCAGCAGCUGUGUGGCAUCCUGGGAGUGACGCCCUCCGAGCAGACCGAGGGAGAGGAGACAGGGGACUUCUGGGACGCUCUCGGGGGAAAGUCCGAGUACCGAACGUCCACCAGACUGAAGGACAAGAUGGACGCUCACCCACCCAGACUCUUUGCCUGCUCCAACAAGACCGGGAACUUCAUCAUUGAAGAGGUGCCUGGUGAGAUGACCCAGGACGACCUGGCCACUGAUGAUGUCAUGAUCCUGGACACCUGGGAGCAGGUGUUUGUCUGGAUCGGCAACGAGGCCCAGGAUGAAGAGAAGACGGAGGCCAUGACGUCUGCGGUGCGGUACAUCGAGACGGACCCGGCCACCAGAGACCGCAGGACCCCCAUUGUGAAGAUCAAGCAGAGCUUCGAGCCUCCCACCUUCACCGGCUGGUUCCUGGGCUGGGACCACGAGUACUGGACCACUGACCCUUUGGAGAGAGCCAUGGCCGAGCUGGCCCUGUAAGCCCCUCCCCCUGGGUCCUGUCCGGCCAAUCAGCACUCUCCUCCCCUUCCUGUGUUGCUGUCAUAGCAUCGCCAAAUAUUAACAGUCAAGCUUUUCAUAGAUUUUUGUUCAAAUUUCCUCCGAUGUGUGUUAUUUGUCACAUCUGAUUUAAGUCAGCAAAGAAGCAAUUUAAAGAUGCCUUAAUAGUCUCUUUGUCGUGCUACUGUGUGUGUUUUAUUAUAUAAUUCUAAUUAAAUCUGUGUGUUUACAACAUAUUCACAACCACAAAGUCAUUUGACAGCAUCUUUAAUUUUGUUUCAGGACAAAAACCAGAACAGAACAGAAAUGUCGUUUUCAGCAGAGGAAUUAAAAUGUAAAAACAUAACACAUUAGAAAAUAAUAUAUAUUUGUACUCCAUAACAGUAUUAAGGAGCCCCUAAAG